UAGAAGUUGAUCGGAUGUGAUGAAUCAUUUGUUUCAUGCAUUAUAUGGAAAUGCCAGUUGCGAGGGGCUCGACCGGGCCCGGAUCCGCCACCCAAUGGAUUGGUGGCUCCCUGGAUCGGAAUUUGAUCGGAUAGAUAUGACUGUCGGGUCGAAUUGCCUAAAUUUGGCACCGGUUAUUGAUCCGGCAAGGUGGAAGGAUCGACGAUAGAGAUGGAGGGGACUGUAUUCACUCCCUCGUUGGAAGGAAUGAAGCAUGUCAAGUCAGAGGAUGGGGUAAUGCUCGCCAAGCCUUUUCUGGAUGUCUGCAAGCUCAUCCUGCCUGUUUUAGAUAAACUUGGAACUGCUAUGUCCAUUGUAAAGUCAGAUAUAGGAGGCAACAUAGCGAGGCUGGAAUCUAAAUAUGCUUCUGAUCCUUCGACAUUCGAACACCUGUACAGCAUGGUGCAAGUAGAAGUAGAAUCUAAAACAGCAAAAGGUUCUUCGAGCUGCACCAAUGGUCUUCUGUGGUUAACAAGGGCCAUGGAUUUCUUGGUGGAACUCUUCCGUAACUUGCUUGAGCAUCCAGAUUGGACUAUGUCACAGGCCUGCACAGAUUCCUACGGCAAGACCCUAAAAAAAUGGCAUGGCUGGCUUGCUAGUUCUAGCUUUACGGUUGCCAUGAAACUUGCUCCUGAUAGGAAGAAAUUCAUGGAGGUUAUUUGUGGCUCAGGUGACAUCAACGCAGACAUUGAGAAAUUCUGCACAACCUUUGCUCCUCUUCUUGCAGAGAACCACAAGUUUUUGGCUGGUGUUGGUCUGGAUGAUCUUAAGGCUUCUUGAUGUAGAAAUCCUCCUAUCGUGAUAAUCUCUCGUGAUCCCAUCUGUCACCAAUUAUAUAUUUCACUUUUGUUUUAAAGGAAACUAUUGGACCGUACAUAAGGCAUCUAUAUAGAUAUGUACACUUGGUUUCUUUAUGAACAGUAGCAGUUGGGUUUCUUAUAAUAAAACCGAAAUUACAAAUAACUAGUAGUUUUCUGUUCUUAUUUUCUUUUAUGAUUAAUGCAUAGCUAAUAUCUACAUUUCUUUUGUUGUA